AUGGGCGUCUUCACCUUCGUGUGCCGCAGCUCCGGUAGCGAAUGGAGUGCGAAACAGCUCGCCGGCGACCUCGAGGCAUCGGCUGCUUCGACCUUUGAUCUCCAGCGACGGCUUGUCCAUGCGGUGCUCGACGUUGACUCUUCGGGCAGCAUCCAGUCAUCCUUCUCAUUGGUCUCUCCGUCGUCGGGCGUCUUCCAGUUGGUUCUGGGUAUUCACAGGCUCCUUGUCUCAGGAAAGUCCCAUGAGUUGGAUAAACAAACUUAA